AUGAAGAAGUUACUCAAGACCAUCAACAAGAAGUCUGGCAGUCCUGAGCGAAAUGGCAGCAUACCACCUGUCUUACCCCAGGGUGAUGCACCGGAAGCCAUCGUCGUCCGUGAGGUGACUGCCUUCUGCGAAUCCGGCGCGCCGAAUGCUCCAAAUUCUGGUGAAGAAUACCUCCAUCUGCCUACGAUUGUUGAUGCGGCCGAGUCGAGUCCAACUGCUGCAAAAGACGCCGCAGCCACCAUUCGAAGAUAUCUGUCCAAAGACCAUUAUAGUAGAGGCUUUGCUCAAUACAACGCCAUCAUGUUAACGCGCAUUCUGACGGACAAUCCUGCGCACGUCUUCACUCAAAACUUUGAUGUCAAGUUCGUGGCUACGGUGAAAGAGCUACUGCGCGACGGGAAAGACACCAGCGUACAACAGAUCCUUCGCGAAACUCUGGACUACUUUGAAGUGGAGAAGCUUCCUGGGAACGACACUCUAAACCCGCUGAUGGAGAUGUGGCGGAAAGAGAAGGGAAAGCGAAACACUCUACGCUAUUCGGUAGGUUGGAGUUCUUUGGAAGCUGUUAGCACUGAUCAUCAAACUGAACACCAACAACAGCAACAUCGUGUUCCGCCCACCUUCCAUCCGGGCCGACAACAGUCCACACGGAGAAGAGACGUCUUACCUCCUCCAGAUGAGCUUGUCUCACGGAUAGAAGAAGCCAAGACCACGGCCCGACUCCUGGUUCAGACCGUGCAGUCAACACCACAAUCUGAACUCCUUGCAAAUGAUCUGGUCCGAGAGUUUGGGGAACGGGCCAAGGGUGCACAACGGAGCAUCCAAGGAUUCUUGAACGCGCAGAACCCAGCCCCGGACCCAGACACUAUGCUCACGUUGAUUGAAACAAAUGACCAACUAAAUAUUGCCAUGUCUAAGCAUCAACGGUCAAUCCUACAAGCAAGAAAGUCAACCGGGCUAGGGACACCAAGCCCACAGAACGAGACACCGAUCAAUCCAUUGUCAAUGCCUCAACAUAACUUGGGCCAAAAUGUCUACAAUAGUCCGACCUCACCCAAUCAAGGCCCAUACUCGGUUUCGCCACCUAGACAACCGACGCAAAUCCCGAGUCCGGUCAGUCCUAUGCGGAAUGAAGAACGCUUUUCUCCCCCACCAGGGCCUCCACCCGCUGCUCGUGGAGCAGUCAAAAGCCAAGCUGUCCACACCCCAACCAGUAGCUUUGAUUACGCGAGUGCUUAUGCCGCUCCACCGGGGCCACCUCCUUCGGCUGGAUACACCGCACCCUCUGCACCGCCGCCAGUACCCGAUCGGGCUCGUCCAUUGUCGCAAGGAUUCUCGGAGCCUCCAGUCGUUUCAACGACAGCUUAUGGGGUGUCUGAGAAUCCGUUUGCAGAUGGUGCUUAUGGAGAGGAUACGCAACCAGUGCGCAGACCACAUGCACUCUUUGAUAGGAGCCACAACACACCAUCACCGCCGUCUGAUCAGCAGAGACCGGGCGGUUAUCCAACAACCCAGAGCUACGUCCAGCGACAAGACUCGUCAACAGCGAACAUUGCCGUGCAUGGGACCGGUGGUUCCGCAGAAUUGCAUGAACAAGCUCAACGUGCUGGGAGUCCAAUUGAUGAGACACAAGGCGCACAGAAGCAAAUGAAUGAUUUGCGCAUUUGA